UAUAUUCUUACAUACUGCCCCUUUAAUUCAUGAUUCUAUUGCUUUUUCACGUAGAACCGGUUUAGUCUGUAUUUACUCAGGUGCUCUUUGAUUUUGAAAUGUUUUUUCUGGCCUAACCUGUUUCCUGUUCUGGUUUAAGCUCCUCCCACUUUGUGUGACUAGUUGAGCUGAAGAGGGUGAGUUCAACAGCAGCAGCAGCAGCAGCAGCAAAAACUUCCUACAUCUGCAGCCAUGACUGAUGCCUUUGAGAAAGCAGCUGAGGAGGUGAAAGUCCUGAAACAAAAACCAGAUCAAGGAGAAGUGGCUGCUCUGUACGGCUUAUACAAGCAAGCCACGGUCGGUGACAUUAGCACAGAGCGUCCAGGCAUGUUUGAGUUCACAGCCAAGGCCAAAUGGGAUGCAUGGAAUGCUAAGAAAGGUCUGACUAAGGAACAAGCGAUGGCGGCUUAUGUUGAUGUAGCGGAGAAGCUGAAAGAAAAAUAUGGAAUCUAGAGUUUUUGUUGUUGUUUUUUUUUUUAGAAAUGUUUCCUUUUGUUUCCGGAAGAAAGCUUGUUAGAAAUUGUUAGACAAACCCUGAGCUGGUCAACUGGAACACUGUAAAAAAUAAACACUUAUUGUAACGUUAAA